AUGUCGAAAACAGAAAAUAUUACAAAAAUCAUAACCAUUCAAGAAAGAUUAAAAGAUAAGGAAAGUAGGUUCCUAAGUUCUAACGAGGAGGAAGAUGAAGAUGAAGAAGAAGAGAAAAAAAUAAUUGAUGAUAAUACAAUAAAAGAAAUUCUAGAAAGUUUAAAUUCAUUAAAAGACGUAGAAAUAAACAAAGAUAUUUUAAAACAAACCAAAAUAGGCAUAACUGUGAAUAAGUUUACUAAAAUUAAGAAUGAUGAAAUACAAAAUAUUUCAAAGAAUCUUAUCGACAAGUGGAAAAAUAUUGCAAUAAAAGAAAAACAUUCAUCAACAAGUAGUAAAAGUGUAGAAAAUGUGAAAAAAAGAAAAUCCGAAAAAGUCGAAACUACUGAUAAUAACAUGUGUCAGGAGGAAUAUGAAUUAAAAAAGGUAAAAGUGAAAAAUGCAUUGCAUGACAAAAAUACAGCAGAACACAAAUCAGAGGAAGGAAUUCAAAAAGCUAGUAGUCUAAUUCAAAAUGAAAAUAAUAAUAUGGAUGAUUUUCCAAAUGAACAGCAGAGUAGCGAUGACAUACAUAAAAAAGGAAAUAUUAAAAAUAACCAGCAAAUUAGUGCACUUAAACACAUUAAUACGGACUUAAGAGUGAUGAAUGAAUGGAAUUAUAGCGGAAAGUUUCAUAAUGAUGUUCUUCGAGAUAAGGCAAAACAGUUUCUGUUUAAAGCCUUUCUCACCGGUUCAGAUGAUAAUUUGUUAUAUUUAAUUGAUAGAAAAAAACUAAAUGACAUAAUAUACAAUAUAGAAAAUGAAUUGCACAAAUUUUUUAUUGAAAAAAAACAGUCACAGAAAGAGUAUAACAUGCAGCUAAAAUCAAUAAAAUUUAAUUUAUGUGAUAAAAAGAACCCAAGUUUUAAUGAAAAAAUUUAUGGAGAAUAUAUUCCUCCUAGAAUCAUAGCAACCAUGAAUUCUCAAGAAAUGGCGAGCGAUGAAAAAAAAAAGGAGCGAAACAAAUGCCUACAAGAAAGCUUAUUAGCAUGUCAGUCUGAUUGGGAUGUUAAAAAUAUUCUUUUGAAAAAAACAAGAAAAGGAGAAUUUCAGUGUUUUAAAUGUAAAGCUUAUGAAACUGUCUAUCACCAGUUGCAAACUAGGAGCAGUGACGAACCUAUGACAACGUUCGUCACAUGUUUAAAAUGUAACAAUAGAUGGAAGUUUUAA